AUGGGUGGAGCGAGCAGCCGGCAAAGCGAGGGCGGCUCGACGGCGUUUAAGGGAUGCUGGCCAAGGAGGAGGAGAGGCCGCAAGGAGGAAAAGUACGCAAAGACGGGCACAAAACGGAGCUCUUCACAUCUAUCCAGAAUCGAGAUAGAGCGUGAGUGCGUGUGGGAGGAGCUGCCGACUCCGAGUUCCGACAGAAUGUACGAAAUGGGCGGCGACCCGCACGACGAGCUGCUGGCUCUGGGUAGUGGGAUGAAUUAUGAAAAAUUGAUGCAGAUAAUCCGAUGCUUCCCGUUUCCUUCGCCACGAAAUUCGCCCCGAGGUUCGCCGAGGCUCCAGAAGAAGAGCCGGAAUCGGGAGCGGAGCAAAACGGAAGGCGAGAAUGACUGCUGCCUGCUCCAUCCAAAUGCCAUGGAGCACGCGUUCGGGCGGCUGGUUCAGGUCUCCGUGGAGACGAUGGCCAUCACAGCCCUGCCACGGGAAUCAAUCGAUAAUUGGCUGAAGGAACGGCUGAAGAAAUGGGUCCAGUUGAGUGGACAUGAAGGAAGCAUCGUCCCCGCCUCAUGCAAUACCCUCUACAAGAAGCAGUGCUCAAACCGAGCCGAGGGCCUCGCCUACGCGGCUAUAUCGAAGGACCCGCGUCUCCAGGAAAUCGGCUUCGCCCCCAGAUUCCAUCGACAAAUCGAGAAGAAUGAGGAGAGCUUCAUUGAGAUCGAGGACCUGCUGUCGCAAUUCCGGGAUCCGUCUCAUACGGCGAUUAUGGAUAUUAAAGUUGGGACAAGGACAUUCCUCGAAUCCGAAGUAUCAAACACCAAGCUCCGCCCGGACCUCUACGACAAGAUGGUCGCCAUCGACCCCGACGAGCCCACCGAGGAGGAGCAUAAAAGGAGAAGCAUCACGAAGCUGCGCUACAUGCAGUUCCGCGAGCGGGAGAGCAGCUCCGCCCAGCUCGGCUUCCGGAUUGAGGCCGCCAAGAUGCCUGGCGGUUCCCUCCAAAAGAACUUCAAGAAGGUUCGCAGCUGGGAGGACGUCUCGGCGACGAUGCGCGAAUUCUUUGGCGCAGAUGUGAAGCGAGUUCGUCAAGCCAUCCUAAACAGACUCAUCAAAAUGCGAGACGCCGUCGAGCACAGCGAGUUCUUUGCUGCACAUGAGGUGGUGGGCAGCUCUCUCCUGUUGAUGUACGACAGAGACCAAGUGGGGGUGUGGGCGAUUGACUUCGCCAAGUCGACGCGGAUAGAGGCUGGAAGGAGGUUGAGCCAUCGAGACACGUGGACACCCGGGAAUAAUGAGGAUGGAUAUCUGAUGGGGAUUGAUAAUCUGAUACAGAUUGUCGAAGACCUAAAUGCCGAGGAU